AUUAACAUCCUGAAUUUAUCCGUUUCAAUUACCUCUAAUAAUACUAAUAGUAAUACCAAUCUUGCCUCACAUCUCCCUUCUCUCCUGGCGGAUCGAGGCGGGAUCACAGCAAUCAAGCCACUCCCUAUAAAAUACAACCGCCAGAGCAAUGGCAUCACCAUUGAUUCACUACAAUAACAUCCGCACUGACCUCCCUCUCAGGCUUUUCCGGAGCCCUUGGGGCUUCUCCGGAGUUUAGCAGAAAUCAUUCUCUCCCUUUUGGACAGAGACAAAUACUCUUCCAGUCUUCCCUUCCUCUUCUGCCUUCCAUCCCAUCCACUCUGGCUCUAGCCUGGUUGUUAUCUGGGAUGUGUCUCGAAUUCUGAAUUCCUUGCGGCUGAGAGAGUGUGACUUAUUAUUGCCUAAGCCAGCCUCCUAAUGGGUUUCCAUGGCUGAGCAGGGAUUCGAACCCUGGUCUCUGAGUCCAAAGCUCCAACCGCACUCCUCUCAUCGCCUGAGGCAGUGAUCCUGAAAGUGUGCUCUUUGAGGGAUUUGGGACUUCAGCUCCCAGAAUCCCGCACUAUUGGCCAAUAUGGCUGAGGCCUCUGGGAGUUGAAGUCCCAAAUCCCUUAAGGGGCACAGUUUGGGGACCGCUGCCUUCCCAGGCCAGAGCUGAGGCCACAGAAUCAGCCUCUUAGUGGCUCUGGGGCUUCUGCCGUCUUAAUCAGUCUCUGGAUUUGGCUAAUUCCACACAAAGAAGCGGCCUAUAAUUAAAGAUGGCUGACGGAGGGACCCGGAAGCUCCGGCCCCUCGGGUGCCUUUAUCCUUUCGUAGCUCUGCGGCCACUGCCGUCCUCCUCUGACUGGCUCUCACUCGGCAGCCCCGCGAUUCCCAUUGGUCACUUCCCCACCAAUCGGGGGUCUGCUGCGGGGCGGACCCGGAAGUGGGCGGUGCAGGUGCCGCUUUCGUCGCCAAGGCAACCAGGUGUUAAGGGGAGGUGCGCGCAGCAGGUCCCCCUUCCGUCGGGAAGUUCAGGAGGCGGAAGUGACGUAGAAAAGCCACUCUUCCCCCCCCCCCUCAGCCUUUACUCUGGGGAACCAGGGUCAGCAGAGAGGCCCUUCUGGGGGCUGGCCUGGAGGCCCAAGGGCCGAGGGCCCCGGCCGCCUGGCCAGGCCUUCCCAGGACCAGGCUGUGAGAGGAGGGCCCAGUGAAUGCAUCUCAUUUUGUCCCUAGCGCUAGAAGGGAUAACCAUGAAGAUCUUCAUCAUAACAUGACACAGAAGAGGAGCAGAAUGGGAGACAGUCCAGAGCACAAAGGGGCAGCCUGGACGUGAGGCUGAGUCCAGCCAUUCAGCUGUUGUCACUGCCCCACCUUCCUUGUCUUUGCACCCCGACGGUCCAGCCGAAAGGUGGGGCAGAGGGGCUGCGUUCCUGUCCUGGGGACUAUGUCCGCGUUGCAGAGUUUUGUUCCUGUCUUGCUAGCAGAGUCAGGGCCCUGACGGUCCUUUAUCCUCAGACGGGUUAAUGAGACACCAGACAGCUGACCUUUGGCCCGCCGGACUCUGUCCAGCAGCUGGGAGCGCCUCUCUGCAGGCGGCUGUGAGGACAGGGCCCUCGCCUGGUACCCCUUUCCCCUCUUCUAUGGGUCCAAGGUGCCUCUGGGGCUGCCUGGGUGCCUUCUUUUCCUUUGCCCUCCUCUGGGUCCUGCUGCUGUUGCUGCUGCUUCUUCUGACCCAGGAUGCCCAGAAGAUGCAGCAGGCCUCUGACUGCCCCCACGCUGACCAUCAGGAGCCAUCUGGGACUGCAGCCUUGACCCACAGCAGAGUGGAUUGGAGGUUCCUGUUCCAAGGAGAUUUCCCCGAGCCACGCUGCACACCGGGGCAGGUGCUCUUGAUCCUCGUGACAUCGGCCCCCGGGAACGCAGAACGGCGGCGGGCGAUCCGGAGGACCUGGGCGGCCCAAGCACAGCCCCCUCCGCCUUAUCCUUGGCAGGUGGUCUUCCUGGUCGGCUGGAGCCUGAGCAAGAUGACCAUCGGUCAAGUCCAGCAGGAGCAGCGGGCAUUUGGGGACAUCCUUUUGGGGGGCUACCUGGACACCUAUCGCAACCUGACCCUGAAGGUCCUGCACGGCCUCAAGUGGUCAGUGGAGCGUUGCCGGCCCAGCUUCAUCCUCAAGACCGACGAUGAUUGCUUCGUCAACACUGACUGGCUGCCAGAGUUCCUGGUCAAGCGGCAUCCCCUCGAGCACGACCUCCUCUACGCCGGCUCCGUCUUUCCUCCGGAGAAGCGUCAGGUCAUCCGCCAUCCUACCAGCAAGUGGUACGUCUCCAGAGAGGACUACCCUGCGAGCGAGUACCCGCCCUAUGCCAGUGGCGUUGGCUACCUCCUCUCCCUGCGCGCCACCAGGUUGGUCUUGUGGGCGGCAGAGCAGGUGCGUCCAAUCCCGGUGGAGGACGCCUACAUUGGGAUCUUGGCAUGGCACACAGGCCUGCAGCUGACCCCCAGCACCCGGUUCGCCAAGCAGAACGCCCAGUGGCACCUCUGCAACUACCGCUACCUGUUUGUGAUCCACCAUGUUAGCGCAACGGAGCAGGAGGCAGCCACACAGAGCAUGCGAGAGGCCCACACUUCCUGCCGUGGGAACCCCCAGGUCUCCAGGUGGAAGUGAGGAAGAGAAGGAUGGAAGGAUGGAUGGAAAGAAAGAAAGGAAGAAAGGAUGGAUGGAGAGAAGGAAGGAAGGGAGCCACCUCCCUCUGCUUCCAACUCUCUGUGGUCCUACGUCCUCCGUUUGUUGGCAGGUGAAGGGCUUUUUUAUCCGGACAGUUGCUUCAUGUGCAAAUUGACUCACCUGCGCAUGGGACUCUUCCCAGAUUGGUGCUGUGUAAAUUUUUAUACUUUUAACAUCUGCUGUGUCAAAUUAGUUGUGUUUUAAUAUUCUAAUUUUGCCUUUGUGCUUUAACUCUAUGGACAGUCGUCCCUCUUCAUUUGGGGCUUUGACUUUUGCGGAUUCGAUUGUUCAUGGAUAUGGUUAAUAUGUUCCUCUCUAGGAAUCUCUAGGUCCUCCAGCGCAACUCUAUGGUCAACUUUAACUAAAAGUUUCACUGAAAGACCUAGAGGACCUAGAUAUUCCUAGAGAGGAACCUAUUAAAUGGUUGGUCAACAUGGGCCUCAGGUCAAAGCAAUAAUAUGGAUGAUGAUGAUGAUGAUGAUGAUGAUGAUGAUGAUAAUAAUAAUAAUAAUAAUAAUAAAUUCAUGAAUAGGGAAAGUGGGAAAGCAUUUGCCAAUAUCAGCUUUCUUAGGCAAAUCCGUAUGGCAGGGUUGUGUAGUGCGCAACCACCAGUUGUCAUCUUUCUGGACGCAGGUCAUAUAGACAUGAUAAGUCAUGUAUGACGAUGCAACUCUCAAACAUCGCUGUGAAGCGCAUCAUGCAAGAGUUCAAGAAGAACAACAAGAAUAACAAAUCCAGGGGUGCAGGGACUGUCAUUGUCACGUAUGAAACAUGGCGCAAUAAACCUGGGAACCUGGA